AUGACCCAAGAAUGGCUGCUUCUUUGCUGCGACUCCAUUUUCACGAUUGAUGCUUCAGUGUUACUGGAUGACACACCAAAUUUUGUUGGAGAAAAAACUGCAGCGCCAAACUUGAACUCACUGCGGGGAUUUGAAGUGAUUGAUGCAAUAAAAGCUGAUCUUGAAUAUGUUUGUCCUCAGAUUGUGUCUUGUGCUGAUAUUCUUGCUGUUGCUGCCAGAGAUUCUGUGGUUUUGUCCGGUGGUCUUGGAUGGGAGGUACAAUUGGGCCGGAAAGAUAGUUCCAGUGCUAGCAAAGCAGCAGCCAACAACAAUAUCCCAGGCCCAAAUUCUGAUGUGCCCACACUAGUAUCCAAGUUCCAAAAUGUUGGGCUCACACUCGAAGAUAUGGUUGCACUAUCUGGUGCGCACACAAUGGGAAGAGCUCGAUGCUCGACGUUUAGCUCUCGAAUAAAUGGCAACAACAACGAGAACUCACCAGACAUUAAUUUGGAGUUCUUACAGUCCCUCCAGCAACUAUGCUCAGAGUCUAAUUCCAACACAACACUUGCAGAUCUUGAUCAUAUGACUCCAUCAAUGUUUGAUAAUCAGUACUACAUCAACAUUCUUUCGGGUGAGGGUUUACUUGCAUCCGACCAGGUGCUAGCCACAGGCGAUGACAGGACACGUGAAAUCAUCCAGACUUAUGUGGACGAUCCAUCUACAUUCUAUGAGGAUUUCAAAAAUUCAAUGCUGAAAAUGGGGAGCUUGGUAUCUGUAUCUAGUGGUGGAGAAAUUCGUAGAAACUGUAGGGUUAUCAAUUAA